CCUCCUUCAUAACAUAAAGCGUUACUGUUGGCUGCAGCUGCUUUCCAUAAGGUAGCAUAUAGGGUAAGCCUGUUGGCCAACAGUCUCCUCUCAACAGAGAAAGCCAACUGCGGUCAGUUGUUCCCUAUUGAGAUAACAAAUAAAGAACCAGUUCAUCACUGAUCAGAAUGCUCAAUCCCUAUAUGAUAUUAUUCGCUGUCAGUGGAAACCUGUAUCCUGGUGGCCCAAGUACUUAGCAUAUCAUUGAUUUGGGUCAACGCCGUCUGAUAUCUGUGACUGUCAAGGAAGAGCUUGAGACAGAAGAUCCAGCAACAAAGCAGCUCCAAAAACAUGCAGAUAACCUUGUACCAGAAGUUUUUGCAAUUCAAGUUUCAUUGGAGGGCAAGUUGCUGUCAACGUCGAACAAUCCAAGAGAUGACGAUGCUCUCUGCCCAUUUUAUCCCCUUUGGAAGCAACUGAACUCCCAGAAAAUGUUCAAAUUCCAUCGAGGUCUAACUUACAAGAACUUCAUCGACUUAGUCCAAUGGUAAGUUAGACCUUGUCAGUUACCUCCCGUCAUCUGAGAAAGAACAAAGUGUUCAAGUACUAUUUCAUCCCUCAACGAUUAUCUCACACCUGGCACGAAAUGAGUUUGUGGGUGCGUCCACCCAAGCACCCUCAUAUUGUCCCUUUCGACAAGAUUGUCGUAGAUGAACUAGAGGGUCGGGUGUUGGGUUCACGACCAAGCACGUCUCGGGUGGUACCCUUGAAGAGAACAGAAACCGUGUAUUCAACCUCAAAUGAACUCAAUCUGAACCUAGGGAUAGCGCAUUAAGAUAUCGCCCUUAGAAAUCACCUCGUUGAUAGCCCAGCAUAUUAUUUGAUGACAUUCGACUUGAACUGGUCUUGUCGUAUAGGUGCCGGGCUAUAGUGAAGCUAGAAAUGAUAUUGAUGGUGUUCAUUCACUAUGAGCUAGUCACUCGCGACAAAACUCUACGGGCUAUUCGACACAAAGAACAAGAUGUGUCAAGAGUUGAGCAAAGAGAGUGGAUGAAGCACAUAGAUAUUCAGCUUGACAGCACGGUCAUGAAAAUAACUAAAAACCGCAAAGAGAAAGUUUUAACACCCUGAUAACCAAGCA